AUGACGUUAAUUUUUUUAAUAUUUGAUAACACGGGUAGGCAGAGGUUCGUUUCGAUUCCGACUCGUACAGCGAUAAAAAUGUCUAAAGUGGAAAUUUCUAGAAAUUGUGUGUGUUGGAGCCGUUGCAAAACAUUUUCCAUUCAUCUCAAAACUUUUCGACAAAAUAUAAAUAGUCCCGCUUUGGAUUGGAUACAAACGGACGGAAGUGGAGCUUACAGAUACGGAUAUAGUACGGGUGAUAAGGGAAGACAUUAUCAUGUACAAUCGGCAACACCGGAUAAUACGGUGUCUGGAAAAUUCGGGUAUAAAGAUCCAGGAACUGGAAAAGAUCUUCAAACGACUUAUACGGCUGGAAGAAGAGGUUUUAGAGCAAGGGGACCACAUAUAGCGAGAAGAAUGGAUUUAUCACAAACUAGGCCACCCUUUUCCAGGCCUGUCGACGAUGGAAAAUAUCAUCCGGAAUAUGAUAACAUAUUCGAUCCGAACGAAGAUAGAGGCUAUGAUUUCACAUACAGGACAUCGAAUCACAUAAAAGAAGAACAUGCGAAUAGAGUAGGUGAUGUUCAAGGCAGGUAUUCUUACCUCGAUGAUAUCGGUAUAAGACAUAACGUUCAUUACACGGCUGGAUCAAGAACUGGAUUCGUCGUGUCAAAUCCUGUUCCUGACACGUUUGCACAAGCAAGAGGUGGACCUUUAUAUUACGUCGGAAAAUCAGGUGGUUCGAAAGUAAGAGGUUUUUCAGCUUUUCAAAAAGAUUUAAAUGGUGCCUACAGGUUUUUAGCAUCCGGUCCUGAUCAUAAAAGAAGUGAGAUAAGUGAUUCGUUUGGUAAUCGCAAAGGGAUUUACACUUAUCUGGAUGAUAAGGGAAUACAACACACGGUCGAGUACAUAGCAGGACCCAAAAUCGGGUAUAAGGUUAUUAAUAAUAAAAAGGGAGUCAAUUAUAAUCCCAUAUUCCCUUUUUUUCCCGAUACUCCGACCGUUUUACCCCUGUUUCCCUUGCCUUCGAAUCCGGGUUCGAGUGGAUUUUCCACGACCGCGACUCCAAUCACAACUCCGGAUACUUUUCCUUCGGUUACGUCCGGUGGAUCGACCGGAUUUUCGACGCCGUCUUCUUCCGGUUUAACCAACGAUGGAUUUGGUGGUUCUAGACCUUCCGUCGGAAUUUCACCAUCGGGAUCUUUAGGAGGAGGAAAUGCUGGUCCGAGCGAUUUCGGAAGCGGAAGUAAUGAAGAUUUUGGUAACUCGAACAGCGGAGAAACAGGCUUUGGUUUUGGUAAUGCUGGAAAUAAGGGAAGCGGUUUUGGAAAUGGUAAUUCCGGAAGUGGUGAAAGCGGUGAAGAUUCAGGAGGAUUCGGUGAUGGUAACGAAGGGAGCAGUUUUGGUAGCGGUGGUGUAGGAAGUGGAGGUUUCGGUGGAAAUAAGGGAAAUAAAGGUUUUGGUGGGGGAAACGGAAGUGGGGGUUUUGGUGGAGGUAGUGGAAGUGGGGGAUUUGGUGGGAAUAAGGGAAAUAAAGGUUUUGGUGGAGGAAGCGGAAGCGGGGGAUUCGGUGGAAAUAAGGGAAAUAAAGGUUUUGGUGGGGGAAGCGGAAGCGGGGGAUUCGGCGGUGAUAGCGGAAGCGGGGAAUUCGGCGGUGAUAGCGGAAGUGGGGGUUUCGGCGAUGGUGGCGGAAGCGGAGGUUUUGGCGGUAAUAGCGGUAGCGGGGGUUUCGAUGGAGGAAGUGGAGGUUUCGGUAGCGGUAGCGGGGGUUUUGGCAGUGGUAGCGGAAACGCUGGUUCUAAUAAAGGAAAUAAGGGGGGUAAUCGUAAUAAUAAAAAUAAAAACGAUGGAAACUAUGGAGGAAAUAUCAAAGGGGGUGGAAAAGGUAAUUCCUUCGGUGUAAAUAGCGGGUCUGGAGGAAAUAAUAAUUUCGGAGGUGGAAGUACCAAUUUUGGAAUCGGAGGUGGUGGAAACUCUUUUUCAUCAACGAAACCCAAACCAAUUAAUAAAAAACCACCCUCUAAUUUAUUUACACCUUCCGAAAAUCCAUUUUCAGCAUUCGGAACAUCCGACAAAUUCGGUCAAUCAGGUGGGAAAUUUCCAUCAUCUACGUUUUCGCCUUCUCCAACUUCAUCAUCAUCGUCAUCAUCUUUCGGGUCAAAAAACAAAAAUAAAAUCGAUUCCGUUUCCCCGACCUGGAGUUACGAUUUCGAUUAUUUUUUCUCCGAUCCUUCAACUUCGAACAAAGAUUGGUCUAAACCCAUAAAAGGCGGAUCACAAAAGCCAUCCUCGACUCCAAAACCAUCCGGCGGCGAUUCAUUUUCAGGUUUUUCUCCAUCGCCUUUCCCGGAAGUAAACAUCGAAGGUUCAAGUUCUUUCGGCGGAGGAGGUUUGAGCACGGCAGAAUCAGGCACAGGAUUGAAACCCUCACCCGUCGGCGGAACAAUACAUAAGAAUGUCACAAGUAUCGAAAUCGGACAAAUGCCAUUAUCCGGAAGUAGUUUGGACACUAGCAGUGGAGAUGAUAAAGAGGAAAGGGAAGGCGGCGGAAGCGGUGGCGGGAGCGGCAGCGGGGAAGAGGCAUUUUUCACGACGGGUUCAAAACAAGAUUCGUCAAAACAACACCAUCAUCAUUACAAAGGUCACAAAGGUUUGAGCUUUCCAUCAAGAGGAACCGUUAAAUUCAAAGGAAUCAAAACAAACGAUUGGCACAAAAUAACAGAAGAAGAUGGUUACAUAUCCAUACCACCCGGUGUUGCCGUUAGAGCUCACGUUCAAAGUUUGGACAUUGUACCUUUUCAUAAGAAAUAUUUAUCACCCGGUGAAGCAUUGCACCACCACCAUCACCACCACGAUCACCCUCACGAUCACGAUGGUGACAAAAGCGAUGAAAAAGAAAUUUAA